AUGCCCAGGAACAAGCUUCCGGCUGUCCUUUCCCAGCGGGGUCGUGCCAACGCUGCGGACUCCUCCCAGCAGCAACGGGUGACAACAUACAGUCACGCCCCGCUCAACAACGGGGCUGGGAGCAGAAGUCCUUCGUUCCUUCUCGGGAGUACCUUGUUGGACAACUGCUUCUCAGACCACAUGGCCCUGUGGGUCCCCAGGAGCCACGCAGAGGAUUUGAGGCAGAAUCCUGGGAUUGCCAGUUCUGAUCCUGGUGAUCACUUCAUUUUCCAAGCCUGACACUUGGCCCACUUUGUGCAGAAAGAGAAAGCAAAUUAUAGGUUAGAAAUCAGAAUAUUUCAAAGCGGGGUGAAGAGGUUGAAGCAGAGUGACUGCUGCAUAACCAAAUGUCCAGUGUUAACGUCCAGGCUGGGCCGAGAGAGCAUUCGCUGCUGACCCAGGUUCAUGCAGCUUCAGUGGGAGCCGGUGGCUUCUCCGGAAGAUGCCAGCCUCAUGGGAUUGGAUGUCUCCAUCAAUGCCACCACCACAGCCACUGUCAGAAGCAACACUUCUGGAGGCAGAUCGGGCACCUCCUCCUCAGCCACCUCUCCGGGGUCCAAACCAUGUGAAGUGGCCCCGGUCUCAAGGCCACCUGUUAUCCCAACUGACGGCCUAUGAGCUCUAAGGCCUAAGCAGGACCCAACCUCGUCUCCAGGAAGUCCCCUCCUGCUGGGGGCGGUUGUCACAGGGGUGUGUGGCUGGGACACCCAGCAGGAGAUGACAGAGCCCACACUGGCAACCAGCCCUGAAAGUCACAGGCCCCCUGAGUUUCCACACGUCAUGGAGGGGCUUCUGAGAGGCCCUUUGCCAGAGUGA